AUGGACGCCUUCAAGCAAUGCGGACAAAACGGUCAGAUCGAAGUCACAAAAGGUGACUAUACCAUCGCCAAAGUAAUGGACGUCUUGAACCUGAGAAACUGCGACAUCUCUAUUCGCGGCAAACUGACCUGGAGUGAUGAUAUUCAAUAUUGGGUCAAGAAUAGUGUAGGCGUGACGUAUGCUCAGCGAAGUACAGCGUUCCGCCUAGGGGGCGAGAACUUCACUCUACAGGGACACGGCGAAGCGCUUUUCUUUGGCAACGGGCAGAAGUGGUAUGACGCAAAUCGUGAUGGAAGCAAUAUGGCUGGUCGGCCGAUUAGCUUGACACUCUGGCAAGCGAAGAAUGUAUGGAUAGAUGGAAUCACUUGGAGACAGUCACAAUUCUGGCACACGUUUGUCGCCUACUCGCAGAACGUCACCAUGACAAACCUCGACAUGAACGCCACUUCGUCUUCACAAUGGGGCACUGUCAACACCGAUGGCUUCGAUAGCUGGAACUCACAAGACAUAGUGCUCAAAAAUUGGGUUGUGACAUGCGGUGAUGAUUGCAUAUCGGUCAAAGGUAACAGCAAGAACAUUUACGUCAAAAACGCAACCUGUUACGAGUCCGGUGCCAUGGUCAUCGGAUCAAUGGGAAACCCCACUAACGUUCCUGAGACGGUUGACAAUGUACUUUUCGAAGACAUUACUGCAAUUCAUAGUUCCAACGCAGCUUGGAUCAAGACGUAUCCCGGUCAAGGCCAUGUCAAAAACGUCACGUUCCGCAAUAUCAAGUUUCAAGACGUUAAUCAACCCAUCUACGUCUCGCCUUGUAUUUACAGUUACCAAAACUGCGACUCGAGUCGGUUAAAGAUUAGCGACAUUACGUGGGAGAACAUCACAGGCACUUCAAGAUACAACGUGGCUGCAGCGAUUUAUUGCAGUCGCGGAGUACCUUGCACGGGUCUGAAGUUUAAGAACAUUGAUAUCAAGCCUAAGAAUGGAGGCACUGCGAAGAUACUGUGUUCAAACAUGAACAGCGACAGUGGAUUGGCAUGUACUGGUACGUGUCCAGCGGGAUGGAAGCAGCAGUUGAGCGGAAACGCGUAA